CGGGUUCUGCAUUCAGCUGCUGCUCGCGGAGAGAGGCGGCAGCUGCCUCGGCCAGGAUGGUGUCGUGGAUAAUCUCCCGAGCGGUUGUAUGGAAGAAUACCAAAAGCAUUGUGUUGUGGCAUAAAAGGGUGUUCCUAGUACAAAACAACACUCAUGCGUGUUCUGCUAUCCCGAAUAUGCUUAACUGAGGCUGGUGUUCGGGAUGUUGUACCCUGCUUAUUAUUCUUACAAAGCUGUGAAGACAAAAAAUGUGAAGGAAUAUGUUCGAUGGAUGAUGUACUGGAUUGUGUUUGCUCUUUAUACAGUUACUGAAACAGUAGCAGACCUAAUGAUCUCUUGGCUUCCAUUGUAUUAUGAGUUGAAGAUCGCUUUUGUUAUUUGGCUGCUCUCUCCAUAUACUAGAGGGGCAAGUUUAAUGUAUAGGAAGUUUCUCCAUCCUCUUCUUUCUUCAAAGGAACGGGAGAUCGAUGGGUAUAUUGUACAAGCCAAAGAACGAGGUUAUGAAACUAUGGUGAAUUUUGGGAGACAGGGUUUAAAUUUGGCAGCUACUGCUGCAGUCACUGCUGCUGUGAAGGGUCAAGGUGCAAUAAGUGAACGGUUGAGAAGUUUCAGUAUGCAUGACUUAACAGCUAUUCAAGGAGAUGAGCCAGUGGGACAAAGACCCUAUCAGACUUUACCUGAAACCAAAAAGAAAACGAAAAGUUCUGUCAGUGAGUCUCUGGGUUACAGAAUUCCAUUGAAAAAAGAUUCUGGAGAUGAUAAAACAGAUGAGGAAAUGGAGGGGACUCAUUCAGAAGAUGAGAUGUUUGCUCAGAGGGGUCUCCGACGAUCACAAAGCAUGAAAUCUGUGAAAAGUAUUAAAGGUCAUAAAGAGAAUCCCAUACAAGAGGCUCCUGGGCAGAAGGGCACAUUCUGUAAACCACUCUCUGGGAGUUUCAUGACUGCUAUACGGUACGGCUCAUUAAAAUAUAAAGUAAAGAAGAGGCCUACGGUGUAUUUUUAAGGGUACUACACUUUAAAGACAAACUGCUGUACUACAAGUAACUUUACUUAGCACAUCAUGUGUUCAGGAUUUGUGUGUAUAUAUAAAAACUUUAAGCAUGGUGGUAGGACUCAUUUUUAUCAGUCUAAACAGCUGUAUAAAAUGCUUCUAAUCUUUAAUGGCUUAUCAUGGGAGGGACGGAUAGCUCAGUGGUUUGAGCAUUGGCCUGCUAAACCCAGGGUUGUGAGCUCAAUCCUUGAGGGGGCCAUUUAGGGAUCCGGGGCAAAAAUUGGGGAUUGGUCCUGCUUUUGAGCAGGGGAUUGGAUUAGAUGACCUCCUGAGGUCCCUUCCAACCUGAGAUUCGAUGAUUCUAUGAUCAUUUUGACUUGAUUGUUAAAUGUGUCUAGGAAAAAUCCUAGGUUUCUGCACUCAUUAAACUUUGUAAGAAUUUAAUGAAUGCCAGAAACAAAGCUUGAUUUUCUCAAAGGUAUCUGAACAGCUGCAAAUUCCAUUAACAUCAGUUGAACUUGCUGGUGUUCAGCUCUUACAAAACUUAAGCCCAUAGUGUUUCCUAGUUUACAAUGCAAAAAUAGGUAUACUUGAAUUUUUUUCUAAACCAGGAUUCCUGAAAAAGCUUUCAUAAUUGUGUAAAAAUGUACAGUUUUAGAGGACAGUUGAAUGAAGGUGGGGAAAGGAAAAAGGGAAAGCCAAUUAUAUUUGGUAUGUCCUUAAAAGAACUUUUUACACCUUAUUUCCUAAUAUUUUAAAUAUUAAUAGGUGCACUUUGAUAUCUGUACAACGGUUUUGCAUACUUGUACAGCUGUAAAACAGUAACCAUGUAAUGUUAGUGAUUUAAAAAAAAAAAUCAGAUUUCACCAAUGUAUUUUUAAAUGGCAGCAAUUUAAUCCUUGUAUUACCACAUCUUACUCUUGGUUACUUAAGCACACGGAAGAUGUUAUAGAUAACGGCUACUAACCUUUAAAGAAUUUCAUCAGGUGCCUUUUGUGUUUUAGGGGGAGUACUUUCUCCAGCACAUUCAGAUGUAAAGUGAUUUAUGACUAAUAGCCAGUUCUCAAUUUUAAAUUAUGGUAGAUACAAAUUUGCAGCAUCUGCUAGAUAUCGGGGAUCUGAUCAACUUAUCAGUUGUGUGGUACAACUGCCAUUGAAGUGAAUCGGAGUAAUGCAGUCACAUCUGAUGGACUGUUCAGGCCCUAGAUUAUAGGUUUUUGCUAAGGCUUGUUUUAGAAUAUUCUUUUUCAGAAUAGCUUUUAGAUAUCAAACUUGAGUUCUGAUAAAUGUUUAAAAUAUAUACCUUUCAUUAUUCAUGAAGUUAUUAAGAUAUUUGUGUAUAAAUAGCUCUUUUCAAGACUGUCUUCUUGCUGAUUCAGUCAGGAAUGUGGUAACCCAAUUGACAUCAUGAUUUUAUUUAAUUUUAAAAAUCCUUUAUACAAAUAUCUCUAACCAAUAGGGAUGGAAGGAAAAUACUAUUGUGAGUUUUUUAUACAAAUAUCUCUGUAGCCAGUAGGGAUGGAAGGAAAAUACUAUGUUUAAAAAUUAAAUGGAAUUUAAAAUGUAUUGAGUGUUGACAGAAGUGUCACUCUCUCAAUUUAAAGGAAGGUAUGUCAUAGGAUCACUUCCAAAAACUUCCUGCCCUGCACCUUCUCCCAGAUAGGAGAGAAAUACAGCAAGUAGAGACUGUAAGAGGGCAGUAAAAUCACAUUUCUUUCUGGAACCCCUCACUCCCCCAUUCAGUAGCAACCCCCUCUACUGGCCCAGUGCAGCCUACUUGUUUUAGCUAGAAUUUUUCUUAUUCCUACUGUUACUGCCAUGUAGAUCAUCUCUGAGCAGAGUUAAAUGACACAGUUGAAAAUGAGGGCUGGUUUACAUUAGCAUUACAAGCAGUGGGGCUGCAACUAUAGGAAUUUAGGUGAAAUUACUGUAGAGACAGCUUUAUAGACAAGAGUGACAAUACUGAUGGGAACAGUGGGAGUAUUGUGCAAAGGGAGUUUCAGAAACACUUCAAUUGGUAUCAGUUACAUUCCAUAAGGGACUAAAAGGGCUAAGAUUCACACAGCUUUACAAAAAGUUUCAAUGACAUACCAGAUGACAUCCACCCUCUCCGAAAUGAGUAUAGUACCACUGAUGCCAGUGUCAUGCUACCAAAUAGAACUGAGGUUACUGGUCCCAAUUUUAUAAAGGGGGUGAAGUCUCUUUCCUUACAUACUUGGGCAACAGUUUUUGUUAGAGACUUGUUCUGCCAUUCUGUUCUACUUAGGAUCUUAUACCAUUCGUAUUGCCAUGGUAUCUGAGCACCAUCGGCUGGGCUUUGUGUCCUUUGCUGCCCAUUAGACUUAAAUCAUGCAGCAGGGACCUUUUGAUUUCCUUUUGACCACCUUCCUAAAUCCUUUCUCUCCCGGUUAUCCUAGUCUAGCUAACAUAGUAGCCUUUAUUUUGAUAAAUUCAGUUGAUCUAAUACCAGGCCCAAACUUUCAGUAUGCUGCAUAUUUUUGUAUUGAAACCCUGUAACUGUUGUGGCAUGUUAAGGCUGGUUGUCCAGACAAAAGGGUAGGAGGGGAUGUUCAUGCCUUGUGACACUUGGGAAGACACAGGAAUUAGUUGAGGCUUUCGUAGUUGGAGGAAGUGCAUCUUUCCCUGUCCCUUCUUUGGAUGGGCAGAGGUGACUUUAAACUUGGAAAGACUGAUAUUUGAAUUCCUCAUUUCCCCAUCUCAUUACUCUAAUAUUUGCUACUGUAACCCACCAAUAAUUGCUAACAUUAGCUUUCAUUUUCUGAUAACAUGAUAGUUGUAAAGGUGUUCUCAUUAGGCAUCAUUAACAUUCCUUGUAGAGGAAUGGGGCAAUUCUCACCUUUCAAAUUUGAAGUUUCAGGUGGUCUCCCUACUCACACAUAAUUACUCCAUCAGUUUACAUCCUCUUCACAUUUUAAGGGUCUUUGCGAUUUUAAGGGCUAGAGACUUUUUUAAAUUAAAGCUUAGACUCUGAAACACAAUUGCACAGCCAUAUCCAUGACACAUAGUCUGUUACACAUGGGACCAUUAAGAUUGGUUCCUCUGUGGCUUACUUGACUUGCCAAGCUCAGUAACUUCACAGAUCAUUUUUGCAGCAUUUCUUCUGUAAUGCAGGUAUCUCUACAGACGUUUAGAUACAUUGGUUUGAAAAUCUCAACCAUAAAAGGAUUUAGCCAGACAUUUAUAUUAUAAUAAAGUGGUCUUGUGGCCCAAUAAUUAUUCCAUUGAAGAUACAAAAUGUAGUGGGGGUACACCUUCUUUUUUGCGCCUCUCUCAUCCCAUUCUCAGUGUUUUGCUACUCACUCCUCUUUCUUAGUAUGGCUCAAUCACUUUUCUUCUACCAUAUUUGCUUCCUCUUAUUUAAAUACUUUAAUAACAUAUUGCACUUGCAACAGAACUUGAUUAGCACUACACCACUGAGUGAGCAUUUUGUGUUUAGCACUUCAGUAAGAAGGUACUUUAGCUGUGUUCAUAGUCUCACUCAAGGCAGAGUGAUGUGGGGUUUGCUCGUCUGAGGCCUGGGCUAUGUUAUACAGUUAAGUCGACCUAAGGCAGCUUACAUCAACCUGAUUAUGUCAGUGUACACACUUCAGCCCUGUUCCGCCGAUGUAAGUGCUCUACUACACUGACAUAAUAAUACCACCUCCAUGAGAGGCACAGCACUUAUGUCCGUGUAGUUAGGGCAACACGAUCCCUGUGUAGACACUGGAUUACUUACAUCUGCUGUUGACUGUCUUGUCAAUUUCAUGGCUCCAUGCUGGGCCGUGAAAUUGACAAGAAAGCUUGGCUGUUGCCCCAGCCUCCCUGCUCCACACUCCCCACUCAGGGAGUGAAGAAGCCUGGCCCCGGCUCUCAGUCGUGAGUGGAUAGGCGAAAAGCUGGGCAGCUGCUCCCUGCUCCCAGCUGAGAGCCGGGGGGCAGCUAGGCUCCCUGGCUCAGCUCCCCACACUGCCCCUCUUCAGUUGGUGGAAGUGCUCCAAGUGAAGGUGCGCACCACUGACAAAAGGAGGGUAGUGUGGACAUCAGCCACCAUGGUAAUUACUUCUGUGUUAAGUCAACUUACAGCCACUGGUCAACUUAAGUCUGUAGUGCAGAUGUGCCCUGAGUAACUCAUUGUGCUGUGCUGCUGAACAGAAGCCGAUUGUCUGCAUUCCUGGUUUUCCAGUGUUUGAGUUCUGGGAAUUAAAUUAUCCUGGAAGGGGAUGAGAAUUACAGGAUGGGGAUGCUGGCAACCUUAGCCCCAUGUUAAUUAAGGUAUUUGCAUGCUGUCCUAUCUAAUUUUCAUUGUUUCAGACUGUUUCCUGUCAGACUGUUUUUCAAUCUAAUAGCUUUUACUACCUACUGAUUCCUGACAGCCUAUGCUUUUCUCUGUUAAAUUUAUCUUUUUUAAUCAUGACUCAGUGGUAAAUUUCUCACUCCUUGAGUUUACACUCUUCAAAAGUGUAGGCUCGUUGUCCUGUUAGUCAUUGUUUAACCAAAUUAUACCUAUUUAUUGGCUGUCCUGUUACCAUGCUAGAUAAACUGUGUCAACCAAUUAUCUGAAAUAUUGUGCAGUCUUUCAAACAUUGGUGGCAGAGUAUCUUGAGGAUUUGGUUUGAGUGAUGUUGAACAUGAUCUGUAUAGUUCUAGCUAUUACAUUUUUAUUUAACAUUUUUUGAGAAAUCUAAGUCCACUUCUGAGGAAACUAGCACUUUAUUCUAUCAAUAUGCAAAUUAAAAUAUAUAAACAGAAUAACCCAAAUAUGGUAUAAAGAAGAAAGCAUUUUCAGGGAGCUCUGGACUUGUCUGCCAUCUACAGUAUUUGUAAUGUUAGUUACUUAAAAUUACAAUUUAUGCAAGAUUUGAAAACCAGAUGAAACAAGAUUAGCCAGAGAAGCAACAUACAUUUUGGAAAAUGUUUGAACUUUGUAUUAAUGUUUAACAGAUUCAUCUUGGUCACAUGUACAAACACUAAUAGAAGUCUAAAGAGUGAACUGUUGAUAAGCGUCUUUGAAAAACUUAAUGCAAACCGUGAAAGCAAAGCAAUUACCAGUGUUGACUAUUUUAUUUGUUACUUCCCUGCCUAUCAGAUGACCGGAUAUCUUGAACACUUCUCAAACAUAAAUGAACUUAAGUUGAUAAGCACUAUAGGAAAAACUGAAAAAUUUGGUUUACAGAAUGACAAAGUAAGUGUUAAAGUAUGUAGCAGUGAUUUCAUGACUAGAUGCAUUUUAUAUUUUUUUAUGUUGAUUUUAUCAGUUGGGACUUCAGUAUUUUUUGAAAAUAUUUUUCUGUAAAGGAUGCAUGUUUGUGAAGGGAAUAUUGUAACAUUUUCAAGAACUCGCAUUCUGCAAUGCUACAAGAACCCCCAAAUUAGUCUGCAUUGAGACUAAAGAUAGUAGCUUUAAAAAUCAUGAAAUAAAAGCUUUAACUUUUUUUAUUGUAAAAUUAAAUUACUGUCAAUUUGUUUACAUAUUUGUAUUGUAGAGCGCUUUUUAAACACUAAUCCAUUUCUCUUGAAAUUCUUUUGUAAAAUCUACUUUCUGAGCAGGAUGCAAUGCGUAUGUUACCGUAAGUAUGACUUUUAAAAACAAUGUAAAAUAAACUGCAGACUUACUAGAAA